UGACAAUCUGAUAAAAGAUGACAAUAAACAUUGCGGGUGUUUUAUCAGUCAUCAUAUUUUAUAUAAUGAUCCUUUUGGUUGGCAUAUGGGCCGGGCGUAAGAAAAAGACACAUGAAGAUGGACAGGGAGAUGAGUUUGAACAGGAGGAAGUCAUGUUAGCCGGCAGAAAUAUCGGCAUAUUUGUUGGCAUCUUUACUAUGACUGCAACAUGGGUUGGGGGUGGAUAUAUCAAUGGGACGGCAGAAGUGAUAUACACUUCAGGGAUAAUCUGGUGUCAGGCGCCCUUUGGAUACGCUCUAAGUCUUGCCUUAGGUGGGAUUUUCUUCGCCAAUAAAAUGAGAAAAGAGGGAUACGUAACAAUGUUAGACCCUUUUCAGGACACAUUUGGUUCCCGAAUGGGAGGCUUAUUGUUUUUGCCCGCACUUUGUGGUGAAAUAUUCUGGUCGGCGGCUAUAUUGGCGGCUUUGGGCGCAACUGUUAGUGUCAUAAUAGACUUGGAAAGCAAUACAUCAAUAAUAUUGUCGGCGUGUAUUGCACUCAUAUAUACACUAUUCGGUGGUCUCUAUUCUGUUGCAUACACUGAUGUCAUACAAUUAUUUUGUAUAUUUAUUGGACUGUGGUUAUGUAUACCAUUCAGUAUUAAUCACCCGGCAGUGGGCAGUAUGUCUAUGGAGCACAACGAUUGGUUUGGCAUUUUAGAGUACAAAAUGCUCGGACAAUAUAUUGAUUGUGGAUUACUAUUAAUUUUGGGAGGCAUUCCAUGGCAGGUAUACUUUCAGAGAGUACUGUCCUCUAAGAGUGCAUUUAAAGCACAAAUAUUGUCAUAUGUGGCCGCAUUUGGAUGUAUCAUAAUGGCAGCUCCACCCAUGAUUGUCGGCGCCAUUGCCAGAGUGACGGCCUGGAAUGAGACUGAUUUUAAGGGCCAAUUACCGCUAGAUCAGGAUCAUCAGGCACUUGUAUUACCAAUGGUCUUACAAUAUCUGACCCCACCAUUUGUAUCUUUCUUUGGUUUGGGUGCCGUCAGUGCUGCUGUCAUGUCUUCAUCUGAUUCCUCAUUAUUGAGCGCCAGUUCUAUGUUUGCCAGAAAUAUCUAUAAACUUAUUAUAAGACAAAAUGCCUCUGAACAUGAAGUGAUUUGGAUAAUGAGGGUCGCUAUCAUUGUUGUCGGUUGUGUGGCCACUGCAAUGGCCAUCACUGUUAAAUCUAUAUAUGGUCUUUGGUAUCUUUCAUCAGAUUUAGUUUAUGUCAUUUUAUUUCCACAAUUGGUUUGUGUCGUCCACUUUAAGCAUCAUUGCAAUACUUACGGCUCACUUACAGCUUAUUUUGUGGGCUUUUUCUUGAGAGCACUGGGAGGUGAAGCUAUGAUGGGAUUGCCAGUAGUUAUUAAAUAUCCAUAUUAUGAUCCAGAGUUGGGUCAAUUGUUCCCAUUUCGGACAUUUGCAAUGAUAAUGAGUUUGACCUCAUUAUUAUCUGUGUCGGCACUAUUUAAAUGGUUGUUUGAAAGCGAAACAUUGGCUCCACAUUGGGAUAUAUUUCACUGUAUUGUCAACAUUCCCGAAGAUUUUGUUGUGGUUCAGGAGCCGCACGAAGAGAUGACAAUACUGAAUGUCAAUCAGGCCUUAUUCUAUCAAACAUCGGAAAUCAAUGGCCGCGUCAACCCGGGACUGGUCACCGAAGAUGAGACCAUCAAUGAAAACACUAAACUCAGAAGCAAUGAAAAUGAUAGAAAAGAUUCACUUAAAGGCAAACAUUACGACGAGAUUCACGCCAAACCUGUUGAUGGACUCUUCACAUCUAUAGGUGCCGGACAAGUGAUUGUCACCAAACUGUAAGUCAUUAUCAUUAAGUAUAUCAAC